ACCGCCACCGCCACCUCGCCGGAAAACAAGAAAUCCGCCGUCGACCGCUGUCACCGCACCACCUCGCCGGAAACCUACCUGCAGCAGGAUCCGUCCAUCCUAUCCGCCUUGCUGCAUUCCCAGGCCCUCCCCGACACGCCCAAGCUUCCCCCGAGGAAUCCUCCCCCGUCUUCUUGGUCGGCGGCCUGGUGCUAAUGGCGCAAAAGAAGAAGGCGGCCCAGAAGCGGCGCAAGAAUCAUGCGGGCAUGGAGGCGGAGUCGGGGGGUUCAGCUGGGCGCGCGCCCCACUCCCACGGACACGGCGCCCCCUUUGACGGCCGCCGCGGCCAAGAAACCGGCGCCCACCCUGGCGGCGCCCGCCCCGGCCAAGAAGCUGUCCCGCCCCAUGGCACAGCACAGAAGAUUAUUGAGAUCCUACGCCGGGCCGCGGCCUUCCUGGGCAGGAACGGUAGAGCCGGCGACGACACGUCGGACACCUCCAGCAGCAGCGCCGCCGACGACACUUCACACGCCUCCAGCAGCAGCGCCGCCGCCGACACAUCCGACGCCUCCAGCAGCAGCGCCGCCGACGACACUUCACACGCCUCCAGCAGCAGAGCCGGCAACGGCGGGGUGGAGGCUGUGGUGGGCGAGCACUUGAGGAAUCAGGUUCCUAGGCACCAAGACAAUCACUCACCGCAGAAGUGUCGUACACAGGGUCAGGCUAUUCUGUACACCUUUGGCAACCUGGACAUGAAGAACAGAAACUCUGCGGAGGAGGUGCCCGAGGAGGAGGAGGAGGAGGCGCCCGAGGAGGACGCGCUCGAGGAGGAGGAGCAGGAGGAGGCGCCCCGAUGUUUUCCUCCGACUGCUGUUUACCCAGUUGACAAAGAUGAGGAUCCUUACAAGAAUGAGAGGAGGUAUGAAGAGUUUUGUGAAGCUAGAAUGAAGCUGCCAGUUGGAUAUGAGUUGUGCACUGUAUGUUUUUUUGAAAAGCCCUGGAAAAAUGCAUCACUAAAGCAUGGACAUAUGAUUUUUCACUUCGGCAACGAUCACGGAAUUCUAGGUGUCAAAUGCAGUGAGCGAUUAUGUUACAUUAGAUUCCGCAGCUUCGAGCAUCAGCAGCUGUACACAUCGUAUUGCACAAGUAUUUGGGAGGCCAAGCCGGAGAUGCAGUAUGACAAGUUCUGUCGAGGUAGGGUGUGAUGCAAUCUGUCGAGAAGAUUUGAAAUAGCUGAAGGUGUCUACAACUACAAGUAUGGCCUGAGAUUCAAGAACCACAUGGUGUGCUAGUAAAGCUAAAGUGAGAUGAACUAUUAUAUGUCUUUGUUGGAUGAUGGGUUGGACAUGCCGUGUGAAAGCGAUGUGAAACGACAGAUUGUGUGCAUGGUGCAUUCAUGUUGUUGAGAGAAUGGUUUCUUGGAUGAUGUGAUACAACUACGGCAGAAGCUAUCUUAACUUUGUUCGAAUGAAUUGUGUUUGCUGAAA